AUGAACAUUGCUGGACGGAUCCUUGUGUGUCUGAGCCCUAUAAUGGCCAUGAUUGCCAGUGCUGACAGUCUCGAAGCUGGCCAGACCUGUGAAGACGUCAAAAUCCACCAUGAGACCGACACGGCAUUUCUUGCUUGCGGGGAUCCAGUAGGUCGAUCUCAGUUCUACCCGCCGAUAAAUAACCAUUGGACGUCCAAAAGAAAAGAUUUUCGUGAGUAUUUCUUGAAGUACGACAUCAAGGGGAACAAGACUACGAGGAUGGAAAUAAAAGGCUGGGAUGGGGACUUGAUCCUCCACGGGAUCGAUAUUUGGAGGUUCAAAGACGACCCUUCCAAGAUACACUUGUUUGCGGUGAACCAUGGGCGCAAGGGCGAAUCGAUCACCAUUUUCUCGCACAAGCUCGGCACAAACGUGCUUGAGUUUGUCAAAGAUAUCAGCCACCCAGAGUUGAAAACACCCAAUGCAGUGACCCCUUCUGGUCCUCUAUCAUUUUUCAGCACCAAUGACCACUAUUACUACAAUGGUAUUUUGCGUACUUUCGAGGAUAAGUAUGCGCCUUUCCGAUGGGCGUCUUGGGUCAUUCAUUGCGACGGCUCCGGCUCCAAGACGACUUGCCGAAAAGUGUCGGACGACCUCCAAUAUGCGAAUGGUAUCCUUCUGACGGAAGAGGGCAAGACUCUUCUGGUGAACGACCUAUACGAAGGGACGACAAUUGUAUACAGUGUUGAUCCGGAUACAAAGGAACUGGUGCUUGAGAGAAAAGUUAGACUCGGUGGAACACCAGAUAAUCUGGCGGAGAUUCCAACCAACGGAGACAUUGUUGUUCCAGGUAAGCAAUAG